AUGUCCCCUCAGCACCUUCCAGCCAGGAGCCCAGCACUGACCUCCAGUCCCCUCAGCAUCCCAGCAUCUAAAACCAAGAGGAUAGAGGAGAAGAAGUCCUGGACUCCAAGUCCAAAGCACCAGCUCCAGCCCAGCCUGAGAAGGGGCAAUGACACCUCGGUGACUGAAUUCUUCCUGGUUGGAUUCUCUCUGCCCCUACAGCUGCGCUAUGUCCUGUUUACUGUCCUUCUCCUCAUCUACAUCAUCACACUGAUGGCCAACAUGCUCAUCUUGAUGGCCAUUGGGCUAGACAGUGCCCUGCACACCCCCAUGUACUUCUUCCUGUUCACCUUCUCUCUCUCUGAGACCUGCUACACCUUUGUCGUCAUCCCCAAUAUGCUGGCCAUGUUGCUGUCCAAGGGCAAACUCAUCUCCUUGCCUGGCUGUGCCCUGCAGAUGUUCUUCUUUGGGACCCUUGCCAGUACCAACUGCUUCCUGCUGGCAGUGAUGGGCUAUGAUCGCUAUGUGGCCAUUUGCCACCCCCUGCACUACCCAGUGCUGAUGAGCCCAUGUGCCUGUGCCGGACUGGUGGUUGCCUGUUUCCUCAGUGGUGUCCUGUUUUCCAUUGUAAUAGUUUACCUCAUAUUCCACCUGUCAUACUGUGGCCCCAACACAAUCAACCAUUUCUUCUGUGACACCUCCCCGGUGCUCCAGCUGGCCUGCACUGACAGCAGCCUCCCAGAAGGUGUUGUGUUCCUUGCUGGCAUACUGUUCCUUGUCAUGGCACUACUACUGAUCCUGAUCUCCUACAUCCUCAUCCUUACUGCCAUCUUCAAGAUCUCCUCGGCCAAGGGCCGGCACAAGGCCUUCUCUACCUGUGUUGCCCACUUGACUGUAGUCGUUGUGCAUUACAGCUGUGCUGCCAUAGAAUACCUAAGGCCCAAAUCCAUCCACUCACCAGAGCAGGACAAGCUCAUUGCCAUAUCCUACACACUCUUCACUCCCCUGCUCAACCCCAUGGUGUACAGCCUGAGAAACAAGGACGUGAGAUGGGCCCUUCAAAGAACAAUGGCCAAGAUAUUCUUCCCCCAGAGGUUAUAA